GUAGUGCUAUGCUAUGCUAUACUGUAAUUGAUUAAAAGGGUCUUACAGAGCUUUUUCUUAAGAUCCAGGUCCCCACCACAGACCACCCAUUCCAGCCAAUUACAGACCAACAUUUUUCCUCUUCUUCUCCUAAGCUAUUAUGAAUGUAAGAUCUCUCUCUCUCUCUCUCUUUCUCUCACUAACCAACAAAGUACAAUGGAUUGACUUCUUUAGCUCAUCAUCAUUCUUUUGAUCUGCCAUUAACAACAAUUUUAUUGGCCCAAUUGAAAUUCUCAGAAUCUCUCUUUCUUUUUUGUGGUGGUGGUUGUAGUAGUGGUGGUGGUAUCAACUUUUGAUGUUUGAUGUAUUCACUUUGGUUCCAUUUUGAUUGAGAUUUAACAUUCUGAUUUUAAUUCUGAGGUCCAUCUGGUUUUUGAAAUAGUGGGUUUUCUUCGAUUCCUUCCUUACUCAUGUUUUCCUAAUUCAAAAAUGCAUCUUGACUGCAAGUCUCUUUUUACUCAUAAAAGACACAACUUUUCUCUGCAUUCUCACUCUGGAGUUUUAAAAACCAUCUAUUUAUAUUUUCUUGCUCACCAGCUGUUUGAUAAAUUGCCUGGCUAAUAUGAAUAGAGGAGGAAUUGGAAUUGGGAUAGGAAUUGGAAUAGGAAUAGGAAUGAUUUCCCCAACUCAUGUUGGGAAUUCUAGCAGUUGGCUGUUUGAAGGAACUAAAUGGACAUCUGAAGAGAACAAAGUGUUUGAAAGCGCACUUGCUUUGUUCGAUAAGGAUACGCCUGAUCGAUGGUACAAUGUGGCGGCGAUGAUCCCAGGAAAGACUGUGAAUGAUGUUAUUAAACAGUACAGAGAAUUGGAAGAAGAUGUAUGUGACAUAGAAGCUGGUUUGAUCCCAGUUCCUGGUUAUAAUAGUAAUAAUACAUGUACAAGAAGAAACUCUUCUUCUUCUUCUUUCACUUUGGAUUGGGAAUUAGGAGAAUCAGGCUUAUACAGCCAUGGUGGAAAGAAACAAACAUCUUCUCGCACUUUCGAUCAAGAGCGAAAAAAGGGUGUUCCCUGGACAGAGGAAGAACACAGGCUAUUCUUGAUGGGGUUGAAGAAAUAUGGAAAGGGAGAUUGGAGGACUAUUUCGCGAAACUUUGUGACAAGUAGAACUCCUACUCAGGUGGCGAGUCAUGCUCAGAAAUACUUCAUAAGACAAGUUUCCGGAGAAGGUGGGAAGGAGAUGAAGAGGAGAUCGAGCAUACAUGAUAUAACAACAGCUCAUCUGAUUAAUAAAAACAACAACAAUAAAGGAAAACCAUCACCCGAAAACAACAGCAGUCCUUGUUCGACUUCUCAUUCGAACAUAACAACGACAACAACAACAAAAACCGUAUCGAAAGCCACAAGUAAGUACUGGAACAAUAUGGAAAGCCAUGAUCAAGGCUUGAGGACUACUGGUUUUAACAAUAAUAUUAGGAAUCAUCAAUUGCAAUAUGAUUUUCCUAAUACAUUUUGUUGAUGAUCUUUAAAUUUAUCAUAUGCAAUCAUGUUGGAUAUUGGGCUUAAGUUUAAAUUAAUUAGUAAUUUUAUUAUUAUUUUGAAUUUA